CACAUCCCCAUCCCCAUCUCAGCAUUACACCUUGUAAUGCACUACAAGUACCCAAGUCGCCGUUGCACAUAGUACUACAUUUGCAAGUGAUUUCAGAAACAAAAAACAUAUAGCCCCCUUCUGGCCCUCUGUUUCAAGAAACACACUCCCUCCAAUGGAGAACCAAGAAAAAACCCAAAUGCCUCGAACCAACAUUAACCGCCGUCUAGUACUCUUUCCAGUCCCUUUACAAGGCCACAUAAACCCCAUGCUUCAACUUGCCAGCAUCCUCCACUCCCAAGGCUUUUCCAUCACAGUCAUCCACACCCACUUCAACUCCCCCGCCAAAUCCAAACACCCUCACUUCACCUUCCUCCCCAUCUCCGACGGGCUCUCGCCAGCCGAGGCUUCGACGGAGGACGUCGUCUCUCUCCUCACGCUGCUCAACUCCAACUGCGUCGCCCCGUUUCGGGACGCUUUGAGUGGAUUACUAGCAGAGGGGCCGAUUGCUUGCUUGAUAACGGACGCUAUGUGGCACUUUUCGCAGUCGGUUUCGGAUGGGUUUGGGAUACCCAGGAUUGUUUUGAGGACUAGCAGUGUUUCUUGUUUUCUGGCUUUUGCUGCCUUUCCAAUACUGCGGAAAAAGGGUUAUCUCCCCAAACAAGGUGUGGAUUCACUCAGCUCUGUUUUUUCUCUCUCUGUCUCUAGCUUCGAAUUACCUUUGUCAUUUUCCCUUAAGUUGAUAUCGAAUUUGGGGAUGGUAUUGUGCAUCGGUGUGCACAGUAUCGUGUUGCACCCUUUCAAGCUGUCAAAUCGUGCAUCCGAUGGCUCGGAUAUUAUCUCGGCAAUGAACGGCUCUCGAUCGUUGGUUGUCAAGAUAAGAUCCGAACCGUCGAAUGCACGAUUCGACGGCUGAAAGGUGCGCAGCACGGCACCUCACUGCACAGCACCAACUCGAAGUCGAUUGAUUUCAAUGUCUUUCUUUGAAUCUUUUUUAACUUCGAUCUGUGUAUUUAUAUUUUCUCAUCGUUGAGACGAAUGAUAAAUUUUAAAUAUUAAAAAAUAUAUUAAAUGUGAAAAAAAA